GGCUGUAGAGCGAUGACAGGCGGGAAGUGUGCGGUCCACGCCAGCGCGCCUACCGCUGCUUGCGGGUAUUGAGCACCGGCCACGACGGCCACAGGUGUCGCUGACAAGGUGAUGGAAUCCCUGCGCCGUCAACGUUUGAGCUUGUUGCGUACAUUGCACAGACUGCCAAAGGCGACGACCACCAUCUACGAAGUGUGUUGCCAAUGGAUGGCUGCCCGCGAUCAAGUCUCUGCUGCCCCUCGAAUCGCUUAGAGAUAUUGUGUUGAACGGUAGGCCGUGGUGGACGAGUGCGGCAAGACGUACGUUGUGUUUCCGUGAUCGCAGGCGACUCGACGAUGUUGCACAAGGGCUCUGGCGUUGUCGAUGGAAAGAAGCACGGCCGGGCACCAUGUGUCUGCUGUCUUGUGCGAGGUAACGAGCUUGAGGAUGGUAUCAACGACCUGAACGCCGUCAUCGCUGACGCGCAAGUCCUGCUCGAGGCCACAAGGCACAGCUCCGUUCGGGUCAGUCCUUGACUCCGGCCGGAUUACUCGACCUAUGGCACGCUGCAUUGGGCGAGGUCCACGACGCCAUGCAAGACUUUGGGCUGAGGCCACCGCCAAAGGCACUCAACUCGAAUGAGCUGGACGCGUAUGAUGGUCUUCCUCAGACAGUGUGUGCCUGUGUGGAGGAGCGGUACUGCGGUGUACUGGUAGAUGUAGACCCCGCUCCUAUCAGCUCUACUGGCCGCGAACCAAGCUCCUUGCUGCUGGGUCAGGUGCCUUCGUCACCACCACCGCCUGCCGCCGCCGGCUCCUUGAAGUACAACCAACGGGCCCAGUUUGGUCUUAGCUCUCAUCCCGCCUUUCACGACGCAUCUCUGGCCUUCACCGUCGGCGACGCCCUCCACACGCUUGAUCUCGGUGUCGGCAGGCUCAUCGCGCAAUGGGCGUACAACACAGUGCUGGCCACAGCUGUCGAAUCGAGUGCUGGUGUGCGAGCAGGACAAGCUCGCGUCAAGGAUGUACUGUCGAGGAACAUGACCGCGCUUGUGAUGUACAUUCCGCGUCGCCGACUUGUGUCGGAGAUGAUGAUCAGGCAGCUUGAGGCUGGAAAGAUGCUGCAGGCGUCCGAGGUCGCCUUGAUCCUGUCGUUGAUGCGUAUCGCCAUCGACUGCGACGAAGUGGUUGCACCUCGUCCUGUCCGCCUGCGCGUGGUUAGUCUCCUGGUACUGUAUCAUGAGUUGCGGGCUCGUGUUGCCCUCAAGCAAGCAGUGUCGCCCACGGUUGCUCUGGCGAUGCAUUUGUUGGCGCUGAAAGUGUACAAGUCAACGCGCAUCGUUCGAUCGUGUGAAGACGAGGAACGUGGGCUCGCACCUUGCAUCGGUGGACGCACACACGCCAGUUGGCCAAGUCACGCCUUGGGUCACUCUCGGCAGGUAUGUCGUUGGCAACGUCUGCUCGUCGCCGUGAGGUGGGAAUACGCGUGGCGAUGGGAACUGACGUCCUGACUACUGCAAGUAGAGGCGGACCACGACGCACAAGAGGACACCACAGGCCCCGGCAGUCUCCAUCGCGGUUGGGGACUCGCCGUGGAUCGGAUGAACUGGUGCGUGGCCAGUCUCGCAGCCUUCGCAUGGAUCGC